UCUCUUUGGUUCUUUAAAACCCCAUUUUACAGAGAUUGAUAUUGCAGCAACACAUAUUUGUUUAAGUUUUGUGUGCUUUGCUGGCUGCUUCUCCUGACACACCAAUUCAGCACAUUUUCCAGCAGAGAUCAUUGUAAGAUCUCAGGCUGGGAGGAUGACAGCUCGAGUGUAUUUCUCGUUGACUGCUGUUUUAUCAUGUCUGUUUGGAUACUUGAGGAUAACUCACGCCAUUCAAAGACGAACCACAGUGGACGGUUUAUGUCCAGCGAGGCUGACGGUCGUGCCAUCCCAUCGAGGAUGUACUUCUGAUAAAGACUGCCCUGGAGGAUACAAAUGCUGUCAAUUUGACUGUGGGCCUGUUUGCGUGCCUCCUGUGUUCAUGAAGCCAGGUCAAUGUCCAAUACCGGAGAUGACUCCACUGUUUGCUGAAAGCUGUUUCCAUGAUGGCCAGUGUCCUGCCACACAAAAAUGUUGCCCAACCACCGGUGGCUUUGCAUGCAGUGAACCACGAGGCCAGGGAGGGGGCCAGGGAGGCAGCCGGGGCCAGGGAGGCGGCCGGGGCCAGGGAGGCGGCCAGGGCCUGGGAGGCGGAAUGGGCCUGGGAGGCGGCCUGGGAGGCGGAAUGGGCCAGGGAGGCGGUACGGGAAGUGGUACUGGUCAGGGCCAGGGAAGUGGUAUGGGAAGUGGUACUGGCCAGGGGCAGGGAGGCAGUCUUGGCCAGGGAAGUGGUACUGGCCUGGUAAGCCGUCUGGGCCAGGGAGGUGGCCUUGGCCUGGGAGGCGGUCUUGGCCAGGGCCUGGGAAGCGGUACUGGCCUGGUAAGCCAUCUGGGCGGCCUGGGAGGCGGAAUGGGCCUGGGAGGCGGAAUGGGCCUGGGAGGCAGUACGGGAAGUGGCCUUGGCAAGGGAAGUGGUACUGGCCAGGGAAGCGGUAUGGGAAGUGGUACUGGCCAGGGAAGUGGUAUGGGAAGUGGUACUGGACAGGGGCAGGGAGGCGGUCUUGGCCAGGGAAGUGUUACUGGCCUGGUAAGCCGUCUGGGCCAGAGAGGUGGCCUUGGCCAGGGGGCUGGCCUUGGCCUGGGAGGAGGUCUUGGCCAGGGCCUGGGAAGCGGUACUGGCCUGGUAAGCCAUCUGGGCCUGGGAGGUGGCCUUGGCCAGGGGGGCAGCCUUGGCUUGGGUGGUGGUCUUAGCCAGGGAAGUGGUAUGGGAAGUGGUACUGGCCAGGGCCACGGAAAUGGAAUGGGAGGCAGUCUUGGCAAGGGAAGCGGAAUGGGAAGCAGUCUUGGCCAGGGCCUGGGAAGCAGUACUGGCCUGGGAAGCGGUCUUGGCCAGGGCAGUGGUACUGGUCAGGGAAGCGGUACUGGCAGGGGCCUGGGAAGCGGCAUGGGAAGCAGUCUGGGCCAGGGAAUCGGCAUGGGCCAGGGAAGCGGUACUGGCCAGGGAAGCGGUAUGGGAAGUGGAAGUGGUACUGGCCAGGGCCAGGGAAGCGGUAUGGGUAGUGGUCUUGGCCAGGGCCUGGUAAGCCAUCUGGGCCAGGGGGGUGGUCUUGGCCUGGGAGGUGGUCUUGGCCUAGGAAGUGGCAUGGGAGGCGGUCUUGGCCAGGGGGGUGGCAUGGGCCUGGGAGGUGGCAUGGGCCUGGGAAGUGGCAUGGGCAUGGGAGGCGGUCUUGGCCUGGGAAGCGGCAUGGGCCUGGGAGGCGGUACUGGCCUGGGAAGCGGAAUGGGAAGCGGUACUGGCCAGGGAAGGGGUAUGGAAAGCAGUACUGGCCAGGGAAGCGGUACGGGAAGUGGUCUUGGCCAGGGCCUGGUAAGCAGUACUGGCCUGUUAAGCCGUCUGGGCCAGGGGGGUGGCCUUGGCCUGGAAAGUGGCAUGGGAGGCAGCCUGGGAAGUGGCAUGGGCCUGGGAGGCGGUCUUGCCCAGGGAAGUGGUGCUGGCCUGGGAAGCCGUUUGGGCCAGGGAAGUGGCCUGGGAAGUGGAAGUGGUACUGGCCAGGGCCAGGGAAGCAGUAUGGGAAGUGGUACUGGCCAGGGCAGUGGUACUGGCCAAGGCCUGGUAAGCGGUCUGGGCCAGGGAAGCGGUACUGGCCAGGGAAGCCGUCUGGGCCAGGGAAGUGGCCUGGGAAGUGGUCUUGGCAAGGGAAGCAGUAUGGGAAGGGGUACUGGCCAGGGAAGCGGUAUGGGAAGGGGUACUGGCCAGGGCCAGGGAAGUGGUAUGGGAAGCGGUCUUGGCAAGGGAAGCAGUAUGGGAAGGGGUACUGGCCAGGGAAGCGGUAUGGGAAGGGGUACUGGCCAGGGCCAGGGAAGUGGUAUGGGAAGCAAUCUUGGCCAGGGAAGUGGUACUGGCCAAGGCCUGAUAAGCAUUCUGGGCCAGGGAAGCCGUUCUGGUCAGGGUAGCGGUAUGGUAAGCAGUACUGGCCUGGUAAGUGGACUGGGCCAGGGAAGUGGUAUGGGUAAUGGUAUGGGAACCAGUCUGAGCCUGGGAAGCAGUCUUGGUCAGGGAAGCGAUACUGGCCUGGUAAGCCGUUUGGGCCAGGGAAGUGGCCUGGGAAGCGGUACUGGUCAGGGAAGCGGUAUUGGCCAGGGUUUGGGAAGAGGUCUCGGCAGUCUUGGCCAGGGAAGUGGCACGGCAAGUGGUACAGGCCAGGGAAGCGGCACGGCAAGUGGUACAGGCCAGGGAAGCGGUAUUGGCCAGGGUAUGGGAAGUGGUCUCGGCAGUCUUGGCCAGGGAAGUGGUAUGGUGAGUGGAACUGGCCAGGGAAGCGGUGUGGCAAGAGGUACUGGUCAGGGAAGUGGCACGGCAAGUGGUACAGGCCAGGGAAGUGGCACGGCAAGUGGUACAGGCCAGGGAAGCGGUAUUGGCCAGGGUAUAGGAAGUGGUCUCGGCAGUCUUGGCCAGGGAAGUGGUAUGGUGAGUGGAACUGGCCAGGGAAGUGGUAUGGUGAGUGGAACUGGCCAGGGCCUGGUAAGCAGUUCUGGCCUGGUGAGUGGAACUGGCCAGGGAAGUGGUAUGGUGAGUGGAACUGGCCAGGGAAGUGGUAUGGUGAGUGGUACUGGCCAGGGAAGUGGUAUGGUGAGUGGAACUGGCCAGGGCCUGGUAAGCAGUUCUGGCCUGGUGAGUGGAACUGGCCAGGGAAGUGGUAUGGUGAGUGGAACUGGCCAGGGAAGUGGUAUGGUGAGUGGUACUGGCCAGGGAAGUGGUAUGGUGAGUGGAACUGGGCAGGGCCUGGUAAGCAGUUCUGGCCUGGUAAGUGGAACUGGCCAGGGAAGUGGUAUGGUGAGCGGUACAGGCCAGGGUAUGGGAAGUGGUCUUGGCCAGGAAAGCGGUAUGGGAAGCGGUACAGGCCAGGGUAUGGGAAGCGGUACAGGCCAGGGUAUGGGAAGCGGUACAGGCCAGGGUAUGGGAAGCGGUACAGGCCAGGGAAGCGGUAUGGGAAGCGGAACUGGCCAGGGAAGCGGUAUGGUGAGUGGAACUGACCAGGGAAGCAGUAUGGUGAGUGGAACUGGCCAGGGCCUGGUUAGCAGUACUGGCCUGGUGAGUGGUACUGACCAAGGAAGCGGCCAGGGAAGCGGUAUGGGAAGUGGUACUGGCCAGGGCCUGGUAAGCAGUUCUGGCCUGGUGAGUGGUACUGGCCAGGGAAGUAGUAUGGUGAGUGGUACUGGCCAGGGAAGUGGUAUGUUGAGUGGUACUGGCCAGGGAAGUGGUAUGGUGAGUGGAACUGGCCAGGGCCUGGUAAGCAGUUCUGGCCUGGUAAGUGGAACUGGCCAGGGAAGUGGUAUGUUGAGUGGAACUGGCCAGCGCCUGGUAAGCAGUUCUGGCCUGGUGAGUGGAACUGGCCAGGGAAGCGGUAUGGUGAGCGGUACAGGCCAGGGUAUGGGAAGCGGUACAGGCCAGGGUAUGGGAAGCGGUACAGGCCAGGGUAUGGGAAGCGGUACAGGCCAGGGAAGGGGUACUGGUCUUGGCCAGGGAAGCGGUAUGGGAAGUGGUACUGGCCAGGGAAGCGGUAUGGUGAGUGGAACUGGCCAGGGAAGCGGUAUGGUGAGUGGAACUGGUCAGGGCCUGGUUAGUAGUGCUGGCCUGGUGAGUGGUACUGACCAAGGAAGCGGCCAGGGAAGCGGUACUGGACAGGGCCAGGGAAGCUUUAUGGGAAGUGGUACUGGCCAGGGCCUGGUAAGCAGUUCUGGCCUGGUAAGUGGAACUGGCCAGGGAAGUGGUAUGGUGAGCGGAACUGGGCAGGGCCUGGUAAGCAGUUCUGGCCUGGUGAGUGGAACUGGCCAGGGAAGCGGUAUGGUGAGCGGUACAGGCCAGGGUAUGGGAAGUGGUCUUGGCCAGGAAAGCGGUAUGGGAAGCGGUACAGGCCAGGGUAUGGGAAGCGGUACAGGCCAGGGUAUGGGAAGCGGUACAGGCCAGGGUAUGGGAAGCGGUACAGGCCAGGGUAUGGGAAGCGGUACUGGCCAGGGAAGGGGUACUGGUCUUGGCCAGGGAAGCGGUAUGGGAAGCGGAACUGGCCAGGAAAGGGGUACUGGUCUUGGCCAGGGAAGCGGUAUGGGAAGUGGUACUGGCCAGGGAAGUGGUAUGGUGAGUGGAACUGGCCAGGGCCUGGUAAGCAGUUCUGGCCUGGUAAGUGGUUUUGGACAGGGAAGUGGUAUGGCAAGCGGAACUGGCCAGGGAAGUGGUAUGGUAAGCGGUACUGGCCAGGGAAGUGGUAUGGUAAGCGGUACUGGCCAGGGAAGUGGUAUGGUGAGUGGAACUGGCCAGGGAAGCGGUAUGGUGAGUGGUACUGGCCAGGGAAGCGGUAUGGGAAAUGGUAAUGGUAUGGGAAGCGUUCUGGGCCAGGGAAGCGGUAUGGUAAGUGGUACUGGCCUGAUAAGCUGUCUGAGCCAGAGAAGUAGUACAGAAAGCGGUCUGGGCCAGGGAAGCAGUACUGGACAGGGAAGCGGUCUUGGCCAGGGUAUGGGAAGUGGUAUGGGAAGUGGUACUGGGCAGGGCCAGGGAAGUGGUCUUGGCCAGGGUAUGGGAAGUGGUAUGGUAAGUGGUACUGGGCAGGAAAGCAGUACUGGCCAGGGAAGCGGUCUUGGCCAGGGUAUGGGAAGUGGUACUGGGCAGGGCCAGGGAAGUGGUCUUGGCCAGGGUAUGGGAAGUGGUCUUGGCAAUCUUAGCCUGGGAAGCAGUCUGGGCCAGGGAAGCGGUACUGGACAGGGAAGCAGUAUUGUAUGCGGGGCUGGCCAGGUAAGUGGUACGGGAAGCGAUCUUGAAAGCAGUCUGGGCCAGGGAAGUGGUAUGGGAAAUGGUAAUGGUAUGGGAAGCGGUCUGGACCUGGGAAGCGGUACUGGCCAGGGAAGCGGUACUGGUCUUGGCCAGGGAAACGGUCUUGGCCAGGGUAUGGGAAGCAGUUCUAGCCUGGUAAGCGGAACUGGCCAGGGCCUGGUAAGCAGUACUGGCCAGGGAAGUGGUGCUGGGCAGGAAAGCAGUCUUGGCCAGGGUAUGGGAAGUGGUCUUGGCAGUUUUGGCCAGGGAAGCAGACUGGAAAGCGGUCAAGGCCAGGGAAGCGGUACUGGUCAGGGAAGAAGUCUUGGCCAGGGCCUGGUAAGCAGUACUGGCCUGGAAAGCGGUCUGGGCCAGGGAAGUGGUAUGGGAAAUGGUAAUGGUAUGGGAAGCGGUCUGGACCUGGGAAGCGGUACUGGUCAGGGAAGAGGUCUGGGCCAGGGAAGCGGUAUGGGUAAUGGUAUGGGAAGCGGUCUUGGCCAGGGAAGCAGUAUGGGUAAUGGUAUGGGAAGCGGUCUUGGCCAGGGAAGCGGUAUGGGAAGCGGUCUUGGCCAGGGAAGCGGUAUGGGAAGCGGUCUUGGCCAGGGAAGCGGUACUGGUCAGGGUCUUGGCUCUUUGGCCAGGGCCUGGUAAGCAGUACUGGCCUGGAAAGCGGUCUGGGCCAGGGAAGUGGUAUGGGUAAUGGUAUGGGAAGCGGUCUGGACCUGGGAAGCGGUACUGGCCAGGAAAGCGGUACUGGUCUUGGCCAGGGAAGCGGUCUUGGCCAGGGUAUGGGAAGCAGUUCUAGCCUGGUAAGCGGAACUGGCCAGGGCCUGGUAAGCAGUACUGGCCAGGGAAGUGGUGCUGGGCAGGAAAGCAGUCUUGGCCAGGGUAUGGGAAGUGGUCUUGGCAGUCUUGGCCAGGGAAGCGGACUGGAAAGCGGUCAAGGCCAGGGAAGCGGUAGUGGUCAGGGAAGAAGUCUUGGCCAGGGCCUGGUAAGCAGUACUGGCCUGGAAAGCGGUCUGGGCCAGGGAAGUGGUAUGGGUAAUGGUAUGGGAAGCGGUCUGGACCUGGGAAGCGGUACUGGUCAGGGAAGCGGUCUGGACCUGGGAAGCGGUACUGGUCAGGGAAGCGGUAUGGGUAAUGGUAUGGGAAGCGGUCUUGGCCAGGGAAGCAGUAUGGGUAAUGGUAUGGGAAGCGGUCUUGGCCAGGGAAGCAGUAUGGGAAGCAGUCAAGGCCAGGGAAGCAUUAUGGGUAAUGGUAUGGGAAGCGGUCUUGGCCAGGGAAGCAGUAUGGUAAGCGGAACUGGCCAGGGAAGCGGGAUUAGCCAUGCAAGACGACAAGGGAGUGGUGUUGGCCAGGGAAGUGCUCAAGAAAAUGGUUGGGAUGUGGUGAAGGAAAUGGUCAUGGGGAAUUUUGCGUAACACUUGCUUGAUCUUUUCAAUUCAAUGUUUUAUACAUAUGGCAUGUUUUCUCUGUUUGCUGAGUUUAUUUAAAAAAAAAAAAAAUAAUAAUAAUUGUCUCUCCCCCUCAAAUAAAUAACUGC